AAUAUACUGAUUGAAAAAAAUUAAUACAUAACUUUUGUGUGUUCUGGGUAUAGGUUUGAAAUUGAAUUCUACAAGACUUCUUGUAGUCACUGUCUCAACAGAUAGGAAGGACUGUUUGCAUUUUCAAUUCAGUAUUGUAGCAUGAUUCUGGAUUUAAAGUUCCUGUAUCUGGUGUGCCUGUUUGUGUCUUCUCAAAGCUCAUUAUGUUAAAGUAUGGGGGAGAAAAACCACAGCAAGACAAUGCACUAACAUGCUACUUGCUUAAAGGAAAUUAGACGCCAAACCCUUUGAAAAGCCCUGCACAAUGGUGCCAGUGCCUUAAGAUGAUCCAUUAUCUGCAGUUGUUUGGAGCUUGUGUCCAUGGAAGGGCAGAGAAACAGGCAUCAUAUCAAAAUCUGUACUGACGGUGGGUCAGCUGCCAUGCUUAGACAAGAAUAAGUGAAAAAUGCUGCUGGAGUAUCGCUGUGUGCUUGCUUACCAUUCUGUCUUCCAGUGAUUUUGUUGUUUAGGAGUUCAUGAGAUAGAAAUCUCAUUUUUGAACAUGGAGUUUGUUGUGAAUUUUCUUCCUGUAAUUUGCCCAGCUGCAUGAACUUCAUGAACCUUAAGCCUAGUUAUACAUUUUGUGAGGAAAUAACUGGGGUUUUUUUUCUCUUUUAAGCAGCUUUUUCUGAAUGUCUCGUAUUCUUGGAACAGGCAGAAGUUGUUCCAUAUUUACCUUCCCUCUGUCAGUUGCGACUUGUGGAAGUUUGUUCUCUAUUUGUUUCAUCUGCCUUCUUCCUUCCUCUGUUUCAGUGCUCUUCAUACAAAAGCAGGGCUGUAUCUGUCCCAUUUGGACAAUUUCUGUAUCUCUGUAUUGAUAAAUAAAAAUAAACCAAAAGUGCUCACAGAAUUGACUUAAUAUGUGUGGUGGAAUUACUUUGUGAUGAAUUUUUCACUUUUGUUCUGCAUCUCUCUUCUCAUGGUCUGUAUAAUUAACUUUUAUUUUCUUGUGAGCUCAGAGCCAAGAAGCUGUUACUGUUAUGGGCAGCUCUGUUGCAGUUGUAACCCAGAUUUCAUGUCCCAGUGUGCUGGUAGUCAGCUCCGGGUCUGUUGCUAUAUAUUUCAGUUUGAGACCCCUUAUCUGCAGAUGCUUUUGACACUCAUCUGACUUCCAGGAAGAGGUGCAAAUCUAUGGCCUUGUUCAGAAGGAAAUGAGAGUAGCUGCUAUGAGAGCAAGAUUCGGUGUUAGAAGGUAUUGCUACUUUGCUCUUUCUAAGGUGGGAGACUUUGAUAAGAUCUGGCGUGAGCACUGUGAGGAUGAGGAAACUCUGUGUGAAUAUGCUGUGGCAAUGAAAAACCUUGCAGAUAAUCACUGGGCAAAAACUUGUGAAGGGGAAGGCCGAAUUGAAUGGUGUUGCAGUGUAUGCCGAGAAUAUUUUCAGAAUGGUGGAAAAAGAAAAGCACUUGAGAAAGAUGAAAAAAGAGCACUUCUUGCUUCUAAGACCACUCCAGCUUUAAAUGUUCCUCAGACUCCCAAGAUUGAAGAUCCUUUGCCAAACUUUGGCUUGACAAAUCAUGAAGUUAUGACAGAAGAGUUCCUUCACUCCUUGGGAAAGAUCAGAUUACUUGAUGUUGGUAGCUGCUUUAAUCCAUUUCUGAAGUUUGAAGAAUUUCUGACAGUUGGCAUAGACAUUGUUCCAGCUGUUGAGAGCGUGUACAAAUGUGACUUCCUCAAUCUUCAAAUUCAGCAACCUCUUCAACUGGCACAAGAUGCUAUAGAUGCCUUUCUUAAGCAACUGAAAAAUCCUAUUGAUUCUCUACCUGGAGAACUGUUCCAUGUUGUCGUUUUCUCGCUCCUUCUUUCUUACUUUCCAUCACCCUAUCAACGAUGGAUAUGCUGCAAGAAGGCACAUGAACUUCUCGUAUUAAAUGGCUUAUUGCUUGUAAUAACUCCUGACUCAUCUCAUCAGAAUCGCCGGGCUAUGAUGAUGAAAAGCUGGAAAAUUGCCAUAGAGUCCUUGGGUUUUAAACGCUUCAAGUAUUCCAAGUUUUCUCACAUGCACCUGAUGGCAUUUAGGAAAACUUCCCUGCAAACAACAAGUGACUUAGUUAGCAGGAACUACCCAGGAAUGUUGUAUAUCCCACAGGAUUUCAACAGUAUAGAGGAUGAGGAGUAUUCCAACGCUGCCUGCUAUGUUCGCUCAGACACAGAAGAUGAACAGCUAGCUUACGGUUUUAUGGAGCUACCUGAUGCUCCCUAUGACUCAGACUCUGGAGAAAGCCAGUCUAGUUCUAUUCCUUUCUAUGAGCUAGAAGAUCCUAUAUUGCUUCUAAGUUAAUGUAGUCGUUGAGAUGCCCUUUCAGUGAAACCUCUUGCUUAACUAAUUUUGCUAUACUAACAUGGGCUCAACACAGAAAAAUGGUUUGCAUAAAGAAAAUGCAAAGGUUUACAGAGUUUGCUAUUUUUUUCUACUUUCGAAUUUUAAAAUUUAUUCUUGUAUGAAAGUGAAAAAAUACAAGUUUUAUGCAAAUGACUCAUGUCAUAGCAUAAAUUGCUGUUACUUUCUUUAGAUUUGUAUCGCUAUUUUUUUCCAGAAAGGUACCAUUCUUUUCUUUAGUGCUGUGAAGUGUGAAUUCUAUUUAAUUUGUUAAAUGUUGUUUCAGUAUUUUGACUCAAUGUGGUUGAGCUUAAGGCACUGGAGUUGACGGGCUUCUGGGAAGUAUAUGUAGGAAGAAAUAAUUUGCACUUUAAUUAAAUGUGCAGAUAGGUUAAGACACUUGGUUACAAAUGUCCCUUCUUAAUUAUGGAACAAAACUUUUUUCUUCCAGAAUUUGUUUCACUCUGGUUAAGCCUGGGCUGGAGAAACUAUAAUGCUUGCACAUUUGAUUUUAUGUUUAUUGCAGCCCUCUUGAUGUAACACCAAAACACUGGAAUAUAUUCAUCCAUAGUUGUACAUACUGUGUAAUUUCAUUGCAUAACCAGCAAUUUCUGAAGAGGCUUUUCCCCCAGAGGAGUAUGGUACGUUUAGACAAUUAUGUUUCACUUCAAAGCUGGAAUAUGUUUUGCAGUUUUAUGAGUAUACAAGCACUAACAUAUAUCAGUAUUUCCCCAACUAUGGUAUUCUGUAUUCUCUUCCAACUGUAUUUUUUGGGGGACAGGGUGGGUUUUGUCAUGUUUUAAAGUAAAUUAUUUAUGCAUUUUAAAAAGAAACAACUUUUUCUUGAAUCGUCCUUAUUUGUAGAAGUUCUAAGUUAGACAGUGACUACAAACUGAUUUUGUAAGAAGGAACAUAACUGCACAAGUUUUUCAAGGAUACACAUAUUUGCAUAAAGCCAUGUAAUUCAGACCACACAAGUGAAGUGAACACAUACUUUUUGUUUGCUUAUUAGGACCCAAAAAUUUUCUGUUCAGUUAAAUAAAAACUCCAUAGCUGACUGAAAACGGGUCAGCACUGUAAGGAGAUUAGAUAUCUAUUAAGUUUUUUAACUUGUGCAGUGAAUCUUAGAGUUUUUGCAGGAAAAAUCAAUUCUGUUCAGUGGUUUAUAAAAGAGGAUUCAUUAUUAGUUUAGCUUAGAUUUUCUUCCAUUUAAAAAUUAUGGCCAAAAUUUUCAGAUUUGGCUAUUAGGCUCUUAAAUCUAUAUAUAAGUGCCUAGUAGUAAAUGAUUUGAACUAGGUGCCAGAUAAUGAUUUAUUUCUGACUUCUGAAAAUUGGUAAAAAAAUUCUAAUACAGUUUCACAGGUGAUUGUGCUGAAAUGUCUUACACCAUAUUAAAUCGCCACAUUGUAUUUAAAGUAUGAAAGUUGCUAGAUAAAUUGAAGUUAUAGUGUGGAUUUUACAGUGGUUGCUACAAAAAUGAAACUUACUCCUUCCACUGAAGUUUUGCACUGAAUGUGUCACGGUUUGACCUACCUGUUUUUCUUUUAUAGUAUUUCCUACAUAGAGUAAUUGCAUUGGUUACAUCACAUUGAGCUUACACUCAAAUGUGAUCUGGACUGUGGUGCUGUAUUCUUUACCAUAAGCUUUUUUUGUGUCUCUUCUUGAACUUAAAGCAUUCCCAAAUACCUAAUUCAAAUUUGUUAUUCAAUCUGAAUGAUAGGGUUAUGCAAACCAAACAAUUAUAUUCUGAUGUGUGAAAAGAAAAAAAGAAUUAAGGUUAGAAAUGCAAGAGUCAUGGUUCACUUGCUAAUUUUUGUUACAGAGAAUACUUCUCUAACGAAAUACACAAUGGCUUCAAAAUUGGCUUUAAGUCAGUAUUGUCACUGAAAGCCUUUCUUCCCAAUUAAGCACUGCUUCCAGCAGUGCUCAUGUUAAAAUACUGCUGCUGUAAAAUCAGCUGUUUAUAGGAGGCUAAUAUGUGCAUCUUCAAAGUACACCUGAUACUCGAUUUAAAAACUAGUACACCAUCACACAUGUGUUGGCAUUGAUUAAAUUGGUUUGUAUUAAUGCACAGAGAAAUGCAAUUCAGAUCAAGAUUUAUCCCCCAAAAUAGCUUAAAUAUUAAGAUUUAACGUUUAAUCCUUUUUGGGAGGUUGGUAACAACUGUGGUUUGGGGAUCUGAGAUUCGUAACAGCUAGGUUUUCUUGCUGAUCAUUCUAAAUACCCGAAGUGGGUUUAUUGGUUAUUUUGUGGGGUUUUUUUUCUUUUUUGGUUUGGUUUGUAUUGUUUUUUUCACAAGGGACAGUAGCUUGUGAUGGUGGAGAAAAGUGUGAUUUACAUAAAUACUUAGAUCUCCUUUAAUAAUAAAGUGGUGAUAUCAGGAGUUGUUGUAUAUUUGGCUUUGGUGCAAGAAUAUUUUUUCUAGGUAAUGAAAUAUUUGAAAAUUCUGACUGUGCAAGACAUCUUUCAUUCUUAAGGUGCUGGAGAAGAAAAGGAAGAAAACAUGUACUGGCAUCUCUGUUGUCUUUUAUGUCACUACUUUUUGUGAACAAAGCACAUUUAUUAAAAAAAAAUCUGAAAAACC